CUCGACCUAUUCCCCCGCACAGUCGUAAAUUUCAAUAUGGCCGACGAAAAGGAAGAGAAACGGAUUUGUGCCAAAAUUGCCCAUUGAUGCAGUUCAAAAUGUAGUUUUAUUGUAAAGCUAUAGCUUUAUAGCUGAAUUGCUCAUUGAUACAGUUAGCAAUGUCGAAUUCUGGAGACUUAUGGAUUUCCCGGUUAACUGCAUUUCGUCAUGCACCUUCUGAUUUUCUGGCCGAAGUCUCUGGGGCAGAAAACUUCCUCCUGGACAUCUUAUCGGCACUAUGUCAGGAAAAUAUCCAAGAGCAAAUCAAGCUACAGUUGUUGGUAGCUGUACAGGAAAUGCAUUCAAGCUUAUUACCUGAUGCUACAAGUGUUGAGUGUGCGGUUGGUUCUUUGAAGGACAUGUUCCUUCAUCCGACAGGUCAUCCAUCCAAUCUCUACCUAAGUCAGAUCUUAGUCACUGGGACAAGUAUUCUUAUCACCUCUGAUUUACUGACAAAGCAUCAUGAAGUGUUUGUUGACUUUGUUGCUGUACUUACAGAUGUUAUAGAUUCUAGGACAAGUAAUUUGAGUAACCUCCUCAUGAGAAAAGCCGCUUGUGAAUGUCUUUGGGAAUUAGAGCUUGCCUACCCAGGUCUGUUUCAAUCAAAAUUGGAUCACCUUUAUGAUAAGUGUGCCGCUGAGAACAGCUCAAUAUUUCAAAGUUAUUUGGUCUUAUUUGUUACUGUGUUGCGUCAUGCCAUAGAAAAUCUAGCCAGGAACUCAGAGAAUGGCUUGGAAGCAAACUGCAUUAAUGCAUUGCUGACUAGUCGCACAGAACCACUAAAGCCUCUGUACAUCUCGUCGCAACUAUCAGAAAAUACCUUUCCAGUACAUCUGCAUUCUCCGCCCUGUGGCCUACCAGCCAUGACAAUACCGCUCAGUGUGGAUAUGCGCGAGUUGAAGAGGGCUAUUUCAUUUCUAAUAGAGAAUGCACAUCUGCUCAACACUAAUGGGCUCUGUUUUGCUAUGACCGAGCUGAUGCAAUGUGUCAAGCUAGCAAACCUUUCUCCAAUAACUUUCAAGUCUCAGUUUAUCCACUGGGUAUCCACAUCUGAUCUCAAGGUUUUCCAUAUGCUUCUGCUUAUGAAGCUUAAAUUUUCCAAUGACAUGUUCCAACAAAAUGACGAGUUACUGCUACUACAAAGGCUACUGGUACGAUCUAGCCAACCAACCUUGACCACAGGCCAGCGACUUCUAUCAUAUGAGUGGCUUAUGCACUUUCCUGAAGAGUGUAAAACUGGUCAUGCUCCUGUGGAACCCCAGACUUCUCUAUUUCUUGAGGACUCCCAAUUUGGCUAUUUUUACCCAUUACCAUUUGACAGUGUCGAAAUCAUCCAGACGAAACUGAAGCUACUGUCCCUGUGUAUUUGGCCGUCUGAAGUUCAAGAUAAAGCAACCUUCAUCCUGAUGAACUGUCUAGCGCUGCUCAAGAAACAUGUAAUGCUUGGCCUUAAUGGAAAGGCAGUCCGUGCAUUAUUCAGAGUUGUUUUCUUGUACUAUCAACACCAUGCCGAUACAGCUCUUGCCCAGGAAAUCUACAGGCUUGUUUUGUUGGUCGUUACUAAGCAUCCCAAGUUUAUGCCCUUUGUUGUCGAUUUUCUGGAUUCGGUUGCCAUAGAAACACCUGACAGCCGCUUUCCUAUCGAUCUUCUACAAGCACUGAGCCAGCAUAUCAUCAGUCAGCCCAUCUCGGUCAUCUUGCCGAACUUGGGGCAUCACCUCAAGCUGCUUGGUCAAGCCAUGAGAGAGACGUAUAUCUCACCCCUGUCCACCAUUCAGUUCCUCAGGCAAAUCCUACAGAGUUCCGAGAUUGCAGAGAUUGGGGACUGGAUCGAGGGGAAUUGCGUUUUGGCUGUGUGUCACAGCAUCUUGCAGCAUCAUGACACUGGAGAGGUGGUUGGAGAUCUAGGAAACCUCUUGCUGCAAAUAGCUACUACCUUCCAAGACAUUGAUAUUCGUGACAGGGCGCGUUUCUACUACUCUCUACUGACAAAUGUUUCAAGUGAAAAAGCUUCCAAGAUACUUCAGUCAGACAUGUAUUCUAAGCAGUCGCUACCACAUGUGAUGGCAGAAGACAUAACGUCAACAUCAUUUCCAGUUGCACCCCCUGUACAGCAUGUCCAGGUCCCCUUUCUCAAGCUUACACGUGUUGAAGCGAAACAAAAUAUCCAAGUUUGCGAAGACGAAGUUGAGAUUUCCUCACUUGAUCUUAAGCCAUACGGCCUUCUCGGUGCUUACACCAAUAUGGUGGAAGGCAAAUCAUGGAAACCAGAGAUCCCGAUUCAGUUCUACGUUCAUUAUGACGCGUCUUCAAGGACAGAGUCAACUCCAAAUGAGAUUUUCGCCCUCGUGCUACGGCUCCGCACAAAUAGAAAGUACAAAUCCAUCAAAGAUAUCCUUAUACCAUGCUUGUCUGCAUCAACUUCAAGCUGCCCUAGCGGAGAGUGCUAUCAAAUCACGGUCAAAUUCCACCCGGAGGAGCCUGUACCAGCCGUCUACAAUGUCAGCGAGACAAGACCGGCUUUCUCCAGGGCAUCAUUGUAACUAUUGGAUGGGAAGAUUAUUCUAAGCGCUCGUUUCUGGAUACGCUCUAGACCAUCUGAAAGAAACGCAGGCAGGCCAGCGUACACCGUGGCACCGUACUCUAUGACUGAUCGUAUUAACGCCGCACAUUUUGUAAGUAAGCGCAGGGCAUAUAGCCUACGAUUUGACUUUUUGCAAACGUGGUCACAGUGGACAUCCCAUGUGAGGUCGCUAGAGAUGUCGAUACCGAGAAGUUUGAACGACUUGACACAUUCUAGCGUGGUACUUCCGACAUAGAUUGGGCGCCACGUACAAGCACGGUAUUGCAAAAAAUCAAUGUCCAUGAUCUUACAUUUGGACGGAUUUGAACACAUGUUGUUCUUUAUAGCAAACUGGUGUAUAUCGUUUACAAUAUAAUCUAAUACAGAAGGAGAGUUUCUUGGUACAAUCUCGACGACAGUGAGAUCAUCCACGUACUUUACCCUAGGUGCCCAGGAGGUGACGAGAUCGUUCAGCAUCACGGCAAAGAGGAUUGGGCCGAGCCGGGUACCCUGUGGUAUUCCUCCAUUUAGCGCAAGUGUUGAUGAAGCCGCUGACUCGAUUUUCACGAACUGAGAUCUACCUUGAAGGAAUUCCGCCACCCAUCUAAGCAAAGACUGGUGGAUAUCGAAUUCGCCUAAUUUACGCAAGAGGAUGUGAUGGUCAAUUAAGUCGAACCUUUUGCGAUUAUCGGCAAAAAACAAUCUUGCCGCACAGUCUCCUUUGUCAAGGACGUCAAGAACAAGGUGUAAAAUGUAACAGAAGGCUUGUGAUGUGGACUUUCCUCCGACCGCAAACUGCUUUGGAUCCAGUUUAGCUAGGAUGCGCGGAAGGAGCCGCACGAGGGUAAACCGUUCCAAUAUUUUAGCUAUUUGACAAGUCAAGGAGAUUGGGCGAAUAUGGUUUUCAAUGACUGAGGCAGGACGCUCUUUAGGAAUAGGGUUGACAGCUGCGCAUUUCAAGAGCCAGGGUAUGCGACCUUGACGGAGGGAAGAGUUAUACAACUCGGCGACAACAGGUGCAAGUUCGAAAGCAAAUAGGGACCACACCUUGUUGGGGAUCCCGUCCGGGCCGAGAGCCUUCCUUAGCUUGAUGGAACGUAGUGCUGCAGUAGCUUCCCGCGGGGUAACAAAUAGAUCGUCGGGAAUCUCAGUGACAGAUGUCGCGUCGACGUCGUUAGUAGUCAAGGGGGCGAACUCAGACGUAAUCCCUGUGAAAAAGGUGUUAAUAUUUUCACUUAACUGUUGGAUGGUGACAAUGUUAGUCCCGUCAAUUAACUGGUUGAACCAUUGAUUGUCAUUUUGAGACAUUCCUGACAGUGACUGGACCUCCCUCCACCACCUUCCAGGGUUGGACUGUUUAAGUGUUGCGACCUUGACGUUGUAGAAUCUUUGUCUGCAGUCCUUAAUAUGCACUUGGACUUCGUUACGCCAGUAACGAAACUGCUGAGAAUCUUUUCCGAACAGCGACAAGCAUUUCUGUCUCUUAGAAAUCAUAGCUUUGAUGGCAGAGGCCAGCCACGGCUUGUCGUUUCCAUGGAUACGACACACCUUAGAGGGAAGGAAUGUGUUAAUAGCGACAGAUAGUGUUUUAUAGAUGAAAUCCCACUUCUGCUGGCAAGAUUCUAGCGUGAAAAGAUAGUCCCAGCUAAAACUUGUGAUCCAACGAUCAAAAGCAACCAGUGUCGCGCUUUGUGACCGACUUUUUUAUGGCCUUGGUUGAGUCUAUAUGCGGUCUUAUCAAAACACAGAAAUGGUCGCUGGACCCGAGCUUAGGAAGUCGUUCGGGGACGCCAGUUGAUUAGGUAGAUUUGUUAUGCACCAAUCAAGAGUUCCCGUGUCACGUGUUAAAACUUUGAUUACCUGGGGAAAGCCCGCACGAUACAUAUUCUGCUUAUUUGAAAUAGGUGUAUAACCGCAGAUAGGCAAAGAAAUUUUGAGAUAUAAAAGCUAUAUAAUUCCCUUUUCUAACUUACUUUGCGUUUAUAGAAAGUUCAAGAAGAAAUCUACACUCUGUGUAUGGUGGCCGCAAAAGUUUUUGCUGGCGCAGCUGGCCGAGUGAAUUUUUUUUUCCGAAUUCAAUUUCAAUUUAGAAUUACAAAGUGAAAUCAAAUCAAAGGUAAAAGUUAAAUGAAAAAAUCAAAACGAAAUUAAAAGUCACAUUCAAAGUGAAAUUGAAAAUAAAAGUCGAAAGUAAAAUAAAAAGUAAAAGUGAAACAAAAUUAAAAGUGAAAGUAAAACGAGGAAAAAAGUAAAAGUAAAAUGAAAUAGCUACUAUGUCAUCACGCAGAAAAAGUGUGUAAGAGUGACCACAGUGAGUGACCGCUUUCGCAAGGUUUGCUCGGAUAUACUUCGGGCUUUGUUCGUUAUGAAGCGCUAGUUUAGAAUAACUUAUAAAGAAAAAAAUAUCUAAAUAAUCAAAAGAUUUUGGGAUUUGU